CGUAAAACAAUGCCUAAAUCUCCCUCUCUCCAUUUCCAAAUCUUUCUCCUCUUCUUCUCUCUCUCCACACUUUCCCACGCGCCGCUGUCAUCAGCCCACGCGCCACCAUCAUCCACCACUUUCUCUCAACAAAAAUUCAGAGAAGCCCCAAAAUUCUACAACUCUCUCCACUGCCCCAUCCUCACCGUCGCCGACGACUACGCCGGCACCGACGACAGUUUCCUCUGUUCAGAAAACGCCGUCCACGUAGCAAUGACCCUCGAUCUCAACUACAUUCGUGGAUCAUUGGCCGCCAUUCUUUCUGUUCUUCAACACUCUGUCUGCCCAGAAAAUGUAAUUUUCCAUUUCGUAGCUCCCAUCAAUGGAAACCCAUCAACGUUACAAAUUGCCAUCAUUUCUUCAUUCCCAUAUCUAAAAUUCGAUAUUUACAAAUUCGACACCGCCGCCGUCGCCGGAUUAAUAUCAACUUCAAUCCGAUCUGCCCUCGAUUGCCCACUUAAUUAUGCUAGAAGUUACCUCGCCAAUAUUCUUCCAUUAUGCGUUCGGAAAAUCGUGUAUCUAGAUUCCGAUCUGAUUCUCGUCGACGAUAUAACCAAACUCGCCGCCACGCCUCUCGUCGGCGGCGCAAUCCUCGCUGCACCGGAAUACUGUAACGCGAAUUUCACUUCUUAUUUUACUCCCACUUUUUGGUCGAACCCAUCUCUUUCAAUUACGUUUUCGGAUCGAAACCCAUGUUAUUUUAACACUGGGGUGAUGGUUAUCGAUUUAGAUCGGUGGAGGGAAGGGGAUUAUACGGCGAAGAUUGAGGAAUGGAUGGAACUUCAAAAGAUGAUGAGGAUUUAUGAACUGGGUUCGCUUCCUCCGUUUUUGUUGGUGUUUGCCGGAAAAAUUGCUCCGGUGGAUCAUCGAUGGAAUCAACAUGGUUUGGGUGGGGAUAAUUUUCGGGGACUUUGUCGGGAAUUGCAUCCUGGUCCGGUUAGUCUUCUUCAUUGGAGUGGGAAAGGGAAGCCAUGGGAUCGACUUGAUGCUAGACAUCCUUGUCCUUUGGAUGUAUUAUGGGCACCUUAUGAUUUGCUUAAAUCACCAUUUUUGAUUGAUUGAAGAAUUCUUAAGAUUCUGCUUAUUAGAUGAGGAAAGUAAAAAGAAUAAAACUUUAGGGAUUGAACAGAGGAAGAAGAAGGAGCUGUCCGCCGGAGAACCGCCGGAGAAGGAGGAGGAUGGAGUAAAUAAAAAUAUUGGUCAUGAAUUCUUGCUUCUUUUGGACUUGUCGGGGAAAUGGGGAUGAAAUUAAAUUCAUUUUAUAAAUUCAAAUUGUAAUCUUUUUUUAAUGUGAUAUACUUGAUAAUUGGAAUUUUUUAAUUAAUUCAAUAUCCUUAGUUGAAUUCAAUCAAUUCAUUACAAUUUGACUUUUAAAUGUUUGAAUUUGUGUUUCAUCUUUAGAGUUUAGUUUCUUUGUAUUAUGAAUGA